AUUUUCCUCUAAAAUUAAACCAUCCCAUUUUCUCUUCUUUUUCCUUAAUAAUUUCCACCAAAGAAAAGAAAAGAGCUUAUAGGACAAAAAAAAAGUCAAGGAACGUAACCCUCCCUCUAGGUCCCUAGAGAUGGGAGGUUGCAUUUCAACGUUUCCCCCCAACGGAUCGCGAAACCUAAGAAGAAAGAUUAGGGCUAGGACGAAUGGCCGUUCAAGGCGAUCACGGGGAGUAUCGGAGGAGUACACCACCACGGCGGGGAGGAAAUCGACAAACAACUCGAGGUUGAUUAACGUGUUAUCGAACCCUACGGUGGGGGACAACAUUAAACAAAAGUACACCUUUGGGAAGGAGUUGGGAAGGGGUGAGUUUGGUGUUACCUACCAAUGUACGGAGGUGGCGACCGGGGAAAACUACGCUUGCAAAACUAUAUCAAAGAGCAAGCUUAGAACCGAGGUUGAUAUCGAGGAUGUUAAGAGGGAAGUUGAGAUAAUGAGACAUUUUCCUAAACACCCUAAUAUUGUUGCCUUUAAAGAAGCUUAUGAAGAUAAAGAAGCCGUUUAUUUGGUUAUGGAAUUAUGUCAAGGUGGUGAACUUUUUGAUAGGAUUGUUUCUAGGGGACAUUAUUGUGAGAGGGCUGCUUCUCAAGUUGUUAGGACCAUUUUGCAAGUCGUUAAGGUUUGCCAUGCACAUGGAGUCAUACACCGGGAUCUCAAGCCUGAGAAUUUCUUGUUUGCUAACAAAAAUGAGAAUGCUGCCCUUAAAGCCAUUGAUUUUGGGCUCUCCAUAUUUUUCGAGCCAGGUCAACGGUUCAACGAAAUAGUGGGAAGUCCAUAUUACAUGGCACCUGAAGUUCUAAGAAGGAACUAUGGACCUGAGAUCGAUGUUUGGAGUGCUGGUGUUAUCCUUUACAUAUUACUUUGUGGUGUCCCCCCUUUUUGGGCAGAGACCGAAGAAGGAAUAGCACAAGCAAUUGUAAGAGGAGUUAUAGAUUUUGAAAGAGAUCCAUGGCCAAGAGUUUCUCCAUUAGCAAAGGAUCUUGUAAAGCAUAUGCUUGAUCAAAAUCCUUAUAGUCGAAUGACUGUCGACGAAGUCCUAGAACACCCUUGGAUGAAAAAUGCCAAUAACAAUGCCGAUGUUCCAUUAGGCCAAAAUGUGAGAACAAGGAUCAAGCAAUUCUCCCUGAUGAACAAGUUCAAGAAGAAAGUUUUGAGAGUGGUUGCGGACACUUUGCCAGAUGAACAAAUCGAAAAGCUAAGAAAAACGUUCAAUAUGAUGGACACUGAUAAGAACGGGAGUUUAAGCUUUGAAGAGCUUAAACAAGGGCUUGUUAAGCUUGGACAUGUUCUUCCUGAUUCUGAUGUUCAAAUGAUCCUAGAGGCUGCGGACGUGGACGGGAAUGGAACCUUAGAUUGUGGAGAAUUCCUAACACUAUCAAUCCACCUUCAAAAAAUGGGUGAUGAUGAACAUCUUCUACGUGCAUUCAAGUACUUUGACAAAGACCAAAGUGGCUACAUUGAGUUUGAAGAGUUAAAAUUGGAAUUCUUUUCGGACGUUGAUGCGACUGAUGGCACCAAAAACGAGCAAGUUAUACGCGACAUUCUUUUCGAUGCAGACUUGAACAAGGACGGCCGAAUCGACUACAACGAGUUUAAGACAAUGAUGCACUCUGGAAUGGAUUGGAAGAUGUGUUCUCGUCAAUACUCAAAGGCUAUGUUUAACAAAUUGAGCACCAAGUUGUUCAACCAUUCGGGGCUGUUAAAAUGACUUUUAAAUCCUUUUUUGUUUGUUAUUUUUUGAGGAUCCGCAAUAUUGUAUUUUUGUCCUGCUCUGCUC